UACAAAAGUGGCGAACUGGACUCAAGCUGCAAGGUUGGCCAUGGAGAUCUUCCAAGACGGCGAGCUGGAGGCCGAGAUGCACAAACGCGACCUGAAAGCUAACAGCCUUGGUACCUGGUGGAAUCUCUUCUCCGAGACGUACGAGGAGUUGGUGCAAUCUAUCGCCAGUCCCGUGCGAGCUGAAUACUCGGCUCGGGAGCUGGGUGAUCGACAGUUCCGCCUUGGCACUGUGCACAAGGAAAACGAAGAAUUUGUGCGAGAGGAUUUUUACCUCAACAAUGCCAGAGGAGAGCCCUUGGCGUGCAGUUUCUGGCGUCGUAGAACAGUGAGAGAUGCAGAUCCAAUCACAGAUCUCGCGAGCUCCUCGUCAUCUUCCUCGUUGAACAGUGAGGAGGAGAAGACGGUGGUUGCAUGUUCCAUGGAGGCAUCCCAGGCAGAGAGUGCGAGUGGCACGGAUAGCAGUAGCAAUUCUAGUUGGAGCAGCCAACAGACACCGAAGAGUACGGCUAUCGACCCAUGCAUCAUCUAUCUGCAUGGUAUGUCAAGCUCCCGCAAAGAAUGCGUCUACUUGCACCGCAAAGUGCUGGCUGCGGGUUUCUCACUUUUCGCAUUGGAUCUGUCAGGCUCGGGUCUUUCUGGCGGUGAUCGCGUAUCAUUUGGGUAUUUUGAGCACGAUGACUUGCGGACGGUGGUAGAUUAUCUGUAUGCUACAGGACGUGCGUCGGCUGUGGGUUUUUGGGGGCGCGAUAUUGGAUCGGCUGCGGCUUUGCUGCAUGUGAAGGAGCGUAUGCCGUAUCACUAUGAAACUAUGACGCUUUCGAGCAAAAACGCAAAGAAAUUGGAGGUCGUGGAGGAUAAGGAGAAUCACCACAUUCUGUGUAUUCCUCCAGUAGCUGGACUGCACUUCAGGUUCAACAAGUACAGCGCAGCAAACGGGGACUUCGUUCUACUUGCAAUUGACAAUGUUCCUGUCCAGGGUUUAAACCCGACAGCAUGCUAUCGUCUUAUUCAGCGGAGCUGCAAAAGAAAUGGCGGUACAGCUCGCUUACAGGGUUUCAAAAAGCGCUCUUCUAGUGACACUGGAGAUGACAAGUUCAUCUUUGCUUUAACGGCCGACAGCGCGUACGGAGACAUGGAGCAAGUAAUUUGGGAUAUGUUACAGAUGAUCACCAAGAGCGCCGAGCGACGUAGUCUGUUUUUUCCGUCUGCGAUGGUCACAGCGUCGCAGAAAAUCCUGGCGAACUCCAUCGGGAAGGCUGGAGGAUUCAGUUUCCGCGAUGUGCGGUUGCUCGAUGCAGUGCCAUAUUUCACACUUCCGUGCCUCUUUAUCAGCGCCUCGAAGAAGGAUUUCUUCAUGCCAGAACAUGCUAAAGCCCUCUUUGACCGGUAUGGCGGCUCCAAGAGCUACAUUCAAUCCACAGGCCAGAUUGAUGACAAUCGGCCAGCCGAAGUGCUAGACACGGCGAUUUCCCACUUCAGCAAGAGGUUCAAACUGCUUAAGAUAUGAACGGUAAUGGUGGACAAUGGUAGUAUGUGAGUGACAAUUAUAAAAUAAAUUCAACGUUGUAUUUUUUUUU